AGUGGCAGCGACUGCGCGGCGGUUCUGACCUUCAGUGUGUCGGCGGCAGCGCCAUGGCGCCCUCCAGGAAGUUCUUCGUCGGGGGCAACUGGAAGAUGAACGGGCGGAAGAAGGGUCUGGGGGAGCUCAUCAGCACCCUGAACGCGGCCAAGGUUCCGGCCGACACGGAGGUGGUUUGUGCGCCCCCCACCGCCUACAUUGACUUCGCACGGCAGAAGCUGGAUCCCAAGAUUGCUGUGGCUGCACAGAACUGCUACAAAGUGACUAAUGGAGCCUUUACUGGGGAGAUCAGCCCUGGCAUGAUCAAAGACUGUGGCGCCACGUGGGUCGUCCUGGGACACUCAGAGAGAAGGCAUGUCUUUGGGGAAUCAGAUGAGCUGAUUGGGCAGAAAGUGGCCCACGCCCUGGCAGAGGGACUUGGAGUAAUUGCCUGCAUUGGGGAGAAACUGGAUGAGAGAGAAGCUGGCAUCACCGAGAAGGUUGUUUUCGAACAAACCAAGGUCAUCGCAGAUAAUGUGAAGGACUGGAGCAAGGUUGUCCUAGCCUAUGAACCUGUGUGGGCCAUUGGUACUGGCAAGACUGCAACACCCCAACAAGCCCAGGAAGUACAUGAAAAGCUCCGGGGAUGGCUUAAGUCCAACAUCUCUGAUACAGUAGCUCAGAACACCCGCAUCAUUUAUGGAGGUUCUGUGACUGGGGCAACGUGCAAGGAGCUAGCAAGCCAACCUGAUGUGGAUGGCUUCCUCGUGGGUGGUGCUUCCCUCAAGCCUGAAUUUGUGGACAUCAUCAAUGCUAAACAAUAAGCCCUGCCUGUCUCCCCAGCCUUCCUGCUGAGCCAGGGAUUAGGUAGCUCAGAAGCCCAGUACCUGCUCACCUACCCCCGACCCCCACCUCACAUGCUUCUGAUGGUGUCACCUGCCCCCUCUUGUGGCCUAAUCCAAAGUGUACCUCCCCUUACCGUUUACACCUUACCCUGUAAUGGUUGGGACCAGGCCAAUCCCUUCUCCACUUACUGUAAUGGUUGGAAAUUAAAAUACCACGUAUAGCUUGUCCUUGGCUGAGAGGAAGGAGGGGUAGAGUUUGCUCAUGGGUCCCCUCGGUCCCCAGUGAGAGCAGGAGAGAGAAGCCGCCUUCCUCUCCCAUCGCAUGCCAUGAAGCCCAGGGCCGAGACAGCACUGUCCUGCCCCAUGCUCCCCGGGUGCUGACACCUGUGUGUUGUGUAUGCCAGCGGUCCCGUGUGUGGGAGGAAUAAACACCUGGCACUAAG